UGAUUAAACUAGUUCUGUUUAUUGCAAAUCACAGAGAGGUUGCAGUUUUCAGUUUUCUGGUAGUUCGAAGUGAAAAACAAUGCAGCGUGUUUGUGUGUCGGACUUUGAGGAGGAAGCCAGGAAAGUUCUUCCUAAAGCUGUGUAUGACUACUACCGCUCAGGAGCCGAUGAGCAAAAGACACUAGCUGACAAUGUGGCUGCCUUCAACAGGUGGUAUCUGGUUCCUCGAGUGCUGAGGGAUGUGUCUACAGUGGAUCUGUCUGUCUCAGUGCUGGGGGAGAAGCUCAGCAUGCCGCUCUGCAUCGCUGCCACAGCAAUGCAGAGGAUGGCUCAUCCUGAAGGAGAGACAGCUACAGCAAAAGCAUGCAAAGCAAUGGGAACUGGGAUGAUGCUGAGUUCCUGGGCAACCUCAACAAUAGAGGAAGUGAUGUCAGCAAUGACUACUUCACUGGGCAGUGGUGGUGUCCUCUGGCUGCAGCUCUACAUCUAUAAAGACAGAGAGCUCACGCUGUCGUUGGUGCGCCGGGCCGAGAAGGCGGGCUACAAAGCCAUCUUUGUUACCGUGGAUACACCAUACCUAGGGAAGCGAUUGGAUGAUGUGCGCAACCGCUUUAAGAUGCCCCCACACCUGAGCAUGGCUAACUUCUCAACAGCCUCCCUGGCUUUCUCUGAGGGAGACUACGGCAAUGACAGUGGCCUGGCUGUUUAUGUUGCAAACGCCAUAGACCCUUCUAUCUGUUGGGAUGACAUCAUGUGGCUGAAAAAACACACACGUCUCCCUGUGAUUGUAAAAGGAGUAUUAAAUGGCGAGGAUGCUGCCAAGGCUGUGAACUGUGGUGUCAGUGGCAUCCUGGUGUCCAAUCACGGAGCUCGGCAACUGGACGGGGUUUCUGCCACGCUAGAUGCCUUGGAGGAGGUGGUGAGGGCAGCGCAGGGUCGAUGUGAAGUCUACAUGGAUGGAGGAGUGAGACGCGGGACAGACAUCCUAAAGGCCUUAGCUCUGGGAGCAAAGGCUGUUUUCAUUGGUCGACCUGUGCUGUGGGGCCUUGCCUGUCAGGGGGAACAAGGAGUUAUUGAGCUUCUGGAACUUCUGAAAGAUGAACUGCGAUUGGCUAUGGCCCUGUCAGGUUGUCGUUCAGUUUCUGAAGUAAGCAGGUCCCUGGUCAGGAGAAUGGAAUUCACCUCGAGGAUGUGAGAGAACUGAAGAAUACACUAAUUAUACUUUUAUGAAUCACUAAAUGAAUUCUUGAUGUCAAAACAAAGUGCUAUGGUUCCUGUUAAAAGGUAAUGUUUUUAAAGUGGUGCCUUUGACUAGAGCAUGUGAAAACUGAUACAAAAUACAGGGCCAUAAAUCUUUGGACAGUCUCCCAUAAGACGAGCCCUGGAGCUGAUUGUGAGUAAUGAACUUGUAUUUAAUAUCUUUAACUGAAACUCUGAAUACUGAGAUUGAAUCUAACUGUGAAUUGUUAAUAUAAAUAACACAUUCGAAUCACAUCACAUCUAGCCCAGUCAAAAACACUUAAGGAUGAAGCUGUUUCAUUAGCAAAGUCGAAAAUCAAGAGAGACUUCACGAAUGAGGGUUUAUAACAUGGUGCAAAAUGUUAUUGCUAAUUAAUCUUAACAGUAAUCUCUGUCUGCACGUCUGGACUGUGGGAAUGAGCAAGAGCAAAUCAACACAGGCACAGAGAGAAUAUGCAAACUCUACACAGAAGGUUCAAAGCAGAAACUCUCUUGUUGUGAGCUAUGACGAACAUGCAGCAAAGUUCACUCUCUUCAUAACACUUGAUGUAAAAACAAGAAACUGUAUUUGCUUUGGAGUACAAAAAGUUGCUCCUUGUAAUGAAAUGUUAAGAAAAACAUUAGAAAUAUGCUGUCUUUGAAUUUUCUUUAAGCUACGACUGGAUUCUUCUGAAGACAAGUUAGACACAAAAUAUAAAAGCCCUUAAGCAGGAAAACUGCCAGAAGACAAAUUACUUCAUUCAUGCAAUCUAACAUUCGAUCAUUCGGUAGUUAGUGCUGACCUGUAUGUGUAAACUUCCCGUCCUGAAUUCCUAUUCCGAUUCCUGAACCUAUCCCUAAUUGA